AUGGCUGCAGACUGUCGAGACACAUCAGACUCGAUUCCGGGUCAGUCUGGCACGGCAAGCCAACGCGAUUUCACAGUCGAGCAACUCGCCGCGGCUUUUGGGUCAACGUCGAUGCCUUUCACGGACUCCGUGGCAGUCCACCACUGCCGGCCGUGUGUGCUGCUACACACACAGCGUGGCUGCGGGCGUGGUGCUGACUGCCCUUACUGCCACGUGCAUCUGGAGCGACAUGACCCUGGCACACAGCCACAUCGGCCUAGGAAGUCACUGAGAAGCCGCGUGAAGCGCGAGAUUCAAGAGCUCCUGGAGCGUUUCGACAUGUCUCCCAGUCGAGUGCACGACGAAUGGCAAGGCAUCGUUGAGAGCUGCCCCUAUGCCCGGAACUUCUUGUCAGGCCUCCUGGAGCGUGCAGAUGCAGCGAGGUACAGAGGAACUCGAGGAAGACAACAGCGAGCAGCAAUACCAAAGGGAGGCGUUCCGCAAAGAGUUGAGGAUGCAACUUCCAGUGACCGUAGCACGACAGCUCAGAUAGAGUCCGUGCUUUCCGGCCAAGUGCCGAUUCAGAACGGCAUGGUGUUCCGUUUGUGA